CAGCCUGUCCCCUCGCCUCUGUCCCUGCCCGGGAGCUGCCGGGCUAAGGGCCCGGCAGAGCCUGGCGGUGCCCGAAAUCCACCUGUCCAGGUAAGAUGGACAACAUUUCACAGAGUUACAGCAUCGGUUAGGAUGGAAAAGACCUCUGAGAUCAUCGAGGCCAAUCUAUGACCCCACACCGCCGUGUCAGCUAAACCAUGGCGCUGUGUGCCACCUCAGUCUUUCCUUAAACACCUCCAGGGAAUUGGCAAAGGGGGACAGUUUGAAAACCUGUGGAAGAAAUUUGAAAUUUUUCCAUAGGUUUGAAAACAUAUGGGCAAAACUGGACACUGGGUGUUGCCCAGUAUUGCACACACUAUUACAGAUACUGCUGUAUGUUAGCUGCACUCGGGUACUGACCAGGUAAGGAACAGCUUAUCACUGCAGUGUGCAGCAUUAACUUCCACCUUUGCUCUGGCAUUGUAAAGGUCCCUUACAAGGACCACUGAGUUCCCUGAGUGCCCUCUGGUAUCUCCUGCUGAGAUAGCAAAGGACUGUCGUUUCUGAAGUUGUGAUGAAAUAGUCUCCUCAGAAGAAAUAGAUCCAAAGGUGAAAAAAAAUACAAGCUAAAUAUUUGCUAAUGCUAAUUUUAUCCUGGUCAGGAGUUUGGGUUUUUUUCUGUGAAUAGUCAAAUCAAGCAGCAUUAGGGAAUAAGCAGUCCAGUGUGGGUUUACAGCAUUCAAGGCAGGGUAAAUAUGCAAUAAUUAUAAUUAUUAUUUUUCAGGCUUCUGCACGGUUUUUUAAUAAUUCUUACUGAUAUGAAAUGGGAAAAAGGUACUGACAGAUGAGGCACAGCACACACCUGCUUUUUGAAGAUCUGUUGUAUGUUAAUAUGGGCAUGUGUCUUACAGGAACUGAUUUUAAUUCUGGUAUUUAGGGAAAUAAAAACAACUCUGAAAGCUGAGGGCGUGACAAGGGACAGAGAGAGCAGUGCUGUGUCACCAAAGCCACUGCAAGGGUAUGGAAGUGCUUUGUUAUGGGUGAUACUGCUCCAGCUGCCUUCAGUCCUGUGUGCUCUGUUACCAGGUCUCCCAAGGGAUCACCCAGAAAGUUACCAUUCCUUCAUGUGGAAUAACUUCUUCAAGCACAUUGACAUCUCACCAGAAAACGUCCACAUCUUGGAUGGAAAUGCUCCUGAUCUCCAGGCAGAGUGUGAUGCAUUUGAGGAGAAAAUCAAAGCAGCUGGAGGCAUCGAGCUCUUUGUUGGAGGUAUCGGCCCCGAUGGUCACAUCGCCUUCAACGAGCCGGGAUCCAGCCUGGUGUCCAGGACACGAGUGAAGACCUUGGCCAUGGACACCAUACUGGCCAAUGCCAGGUUCUUUGAUGGUGACCUCUCCAAAGUGCCCACCAUGGCUUUGACAGUUGGAGUAGGCACUGUCAUGGAUGCCAGAGAGGUGAUGAUCCUGAUCACGGGAGCCCACAAGGCCUUUGCUUUGUACAAAGCCAUCGAGGACGGUGUCAACCACAUGUGGACAGUGUCGGCCUUCCAGCAGCACCCCAACACCGUGUUCGUGUGCGACGAGGACGCCACGCUGGAGCUCAGAGUCAAAACAGUGAAAUAUUUCAAAGGUUUAAUGCUGGUUCACAACAAGCUCGUGGAGCCCUUGUACAGCAUGAAGGAGAUGGGAGCAGAGAGGAGCCAGUCCAAGAAGCCAUACAGUGAUUAAUGUGCUGGAGCAGUGCUGAGCCAGCUGCUGAAAACAGCUGGAAGAAAAGGGAAUUUCUGCAGAAACUGAUCUCAUAUUUGUUUUUAAAUUAGCAGAAUGAUUGAAUGGUUCAUUCUCUCCAUUAAAGAGACAGAUGCCAAACACCUGCCUUAAUUACCCAAAGGAGGAUGGGAUCCAGUGUUCUGUUUUCCACAAAUUUCUGCCACCAACUCACUCUCUGAAGGAAAUGAAGAAUGAGUUGUUAGAUCUGUGAACUGACUGUAAUCUUGGACUGAGGGCUGUGAAACUGAAAAGUGAGGAUAAAUGAAAGUACAACAGAAGCAAGUGGGUGAUCACUUUGGGGUGUAUUCCUUGCAAUUAGGACAAGUAUCUCAUGUUACUCCUUCCUCCUCCAUGAGACACUCACAUUAGAAUCCUGGAAAAGAGGAUUGUCCAGCUGGAGAAAGGAAAGCUCAGAGCAGCACCCAGAGCCACGAGAGGGCAGGAAGAAGAUGGAACCAGGGAGAAGAUGGGAAGGGACAGUGGGGCCUGAGUGGAGACACGAUGUCUAUGCUGGAGAGGAUAAACCCCACAGUGGGAACAGCCAAGCAGUGGGGCAGGAUCCCCACGGCUGUGCAGGCUCCUUAGGAGGUUGCCAGGACCUGACUGGAUAAAGCCCUGGCUGAGCCCUGCUUUGAGCCACAUGCUGGACUUGAGACCCUCAGCAGAAGAGGCUGCAGCAGCAUCCUCCACACGGGGUCCGUGAGGCAGCUCAGGCACCUGAGCAUGGCACUGCUGUCUCACACAAAGCCCUUGCUCCUGUUCAGGCCCAGGUAUGAUUUGCUAUGCCUGGUGCUUUCUCUUCUCCAGAACUUUCUGUUUCUCUGAGGAAAUGCCAAACCAGCCCCAAAGGAAACACUGUUCCUGCUGGCUUCAGCUUCUGUUUAAGUACAGACACCCCACACAGCCAAGACCCCACCAAUUCUGAAAUGUGAAUCCUGGGAUUUCUAUCCAGUGCUCUCACACGAGGGGCAAGAAAACUGGGAAACAUUUAUUUUCUUUAUACAGAAAUUUUGUAAGUUGUUGAUCUGUAAUGUAACUUCCUUCACUAAAUGUCUUUAAAUUUUUUAAAAGUUGA